GCCCCAUAAGUGGGGUGCCAAACCCAACUCCCUCCGAUCCCCUCUUUCUGCAGCAACCAGUUUAUCUUCCAACACACUUCCCAUUUUUCCAUCAAAUUUCCACCAAAAAUUCACAAUGACGGAGGACAGAACCGUCGUGACGUGGCGUACCAUCCCCAACCUCAAAGCUUCCUUCAACGACGUCGUUUUACCCACCAACCACCACCGCCAACACCUCUGGAACGACGCCGUUUUCACCUUCGCCGGCGCCGGCACCGGCAUCCACUGCAAAUUCGCCAGCCUCUCUGCAGCGCAACCGAAAUCCGACAAGGAAUUUCUCCCGACGCCGGCUCAGCUCCUGAACCACCCGCUCGCCGCCGUCGCUCUCGUUCCCAAAGACGCCGCGCUGUUCCUCGCCGGGGCUUUCGCCGGCGCUAUUGCCAAAACCGUCACCGCGCCGCUUGAUCGCAUCAAAAUUCUCAUGCAGACUCACGGGGUGCGAGUUGGGCAAGAAAGUGCCAAGAGAGCUAUUGGUUUCGUUGAGGCCAUAUCGGCAAUAGGGAAGGAAGAAGGCAUUAAAGGUUACUGGAAGGGCAACCUCCCACAGGUGAUUCGGGUUAUACCUUAUAGUGCUGUCCAGCUUUUUGCUUAUGAAUUUUAUAAGAAAAUAUUCAAGGGAGAGCAUGAUGAGCUCUCUGUUGUGGGAAGACUUGCAGCAGGUGCUUUUGCUGGCAUGACAUCAACUUUUAUCACCUACCCAUUAGAUGUCCUGAGAUUGCGAUUAGCUGUUGAACCUGGUUGUCGAACAAUGUCAGAGGUCUCCUUGAGCAUGCUAAGAGAGGAAGGAUUUGCAUCUUUCUACUAUGGUCUUGGACCUUCUCUUAUUGCAAUAGCUCCAUAUAUUGCAGUCAACUUUUGUGUUUUUGACUUAUUGAAGAAGUCAUUGCCAGAGGAAUAUCAAAAGAGAACUGAAGCAUCUCUUGUCACUGCGGUGCUUUCAGCAUCGCUUGCCACACUUACAUGCUAUCCUCUGGACACUGUACGAAGACAGAUGCAAUUGAAGGGUACACCUUAUAAGACAGUAUUAGAUGCUAUUUCAGGUAUCGUGGCACGGGAUGGAGUUAUUGGCUUGUAUCGUGGAUUUCUGCCCAACGCUUUAAAGAACCUACCAAACAGCAGCAUCAGGCUCACCACCUAUGAUAUUGCCAAACGCCUAAUUGCAGCUAGUGAGAAGGAGUUUCAAAUAAUUACUGAGGAUAACCGCAACAACCUAAAGAAACAACAAUAGUCAAUGUCAGUGAGAUUAGGGUUCAUAUGUUUUUAGAUAUUCAUUUCGCGCUGGAAAAUUUCAUUAGAGUUAAUGCUGCAGCAAAACUGUCCUGCAAUUGUAGGAAUUGCUUUAGCCAAAUAUGAUGAGUAUCUCAGCAGCCAACAUUCCGUGUACCCCGGAGUUGUAAUUUUGUAGGACAAGCUUGUGCUAGGUAGGCUGCAGUGUUAUAUUCUUUUUCUGAAAGUAUUUUAGCUGUAAUUUUUACAGGGAUUUUCGUAUCUGUCAAACUGAAUAGUAAUAAAAAAGAGAAAUGUUAUAUA